GAGCUGGUUGGACUGGGUGCUGCUGCACUGUGGGUGAUGUGUGUAAUGGCGCUGGAGACGAGCUCUAGGCUGAAAUAUGGAACAGUUUUAUCGUUCGCAGUGCUGCUAUGUGCUUACUGGCUCCGCUCUCCACACUCAGUGCUGGAUGAGAGACUGGGAGCUGUUCUCUCCUCUUUACUCCGAGCUGAACAGAAGGUGCACAUGAACGACAUCGCCAGACCCAGAGUCGCUAUCGGCUUUGGUGGCUGUGUGGACAUUAUUGUGGAUGGUGUGACAUUACUAAACAAGAUCGGACUGAAGCCAGCUGAUCAGCCUCUGCACCAUGACUAUAUUGAAAAUGCUGAACAGCUUUCCCAGAGCUUUGCCUACUUUUUUGCUCCUGGUGCAGCUUCAGAGAGGCUUGUGGUGAACGACACACUCUUCAGUCAGCUGGUGGAGGCCUCUCGAGAGUUGCCAGGGAACCGCUGGUCGGUUGGGGGCAACGCACCGGUAAUGGCAGGUCGGAUGGCCAGUGAAGGUUGUGAUGUGCUGCUGGGGGGCAGCUUUAACACAGACUUCAAUGAAUACCUCUCCAAACAUAUAACAGUGGCUGGUAACACAGUGGAGGAACCAGAUAUACAUCUAAUCCUGGAGUAUCCCUCUGGUUCUACUUGGGGACCAUACAUCUCUCGAAGGGCCAACAGGUACAUUGUCCACAGCGAUGACCACAACCCGUACUUAGACUCUAUGUAUGAGUUUGAGAAGAAGCUCCAUAGCUUUAAGCCUGACCUGCUGGUGGUGGGAGGCCUUCAAAUGAUGGACAACUUUCCUUUUAAGCAAGGAGAACGUGCGGCUCUGUUGAAUCACCUCGCUCGGUUACUGUCUUCAGCCUCUCCUCAGACCAGCGUGCACUUUGAAAUGGCCAGCUUUGUGGAUGAGGCCUUGAUGUCAGACCUGUUGGAGCUUGUACUGCCUCAAGCUGACUCUCUGGGCAUGAACGAGCAGGAGCUGCCCAACCUGCUGAGCCUUAUGCAUGGCAGCAGCGUGACUGUGCUGUCAGACCCCAACCCCCGUGUGGCUACCGUGUUAGAUCAGAUGCGAGAGCUGUACCGCCUUGUCAACCAGAGGCACAGAGAGGCUGGGAACGGCCGGCCCCUGACCAGACUCCAUGUCCACACGCUGGCUUUCCAGGCCAUAAUAGUAAAACAAGGGUCCAAGUGGAAGAACACCAUGUCAGCCACCGCUAAGGCCUCGCUCACCGCCAACAGGCACGUCUGUGGUUCAGCCGAUAUCGACCCCAGCAAGGCGCGCCUCAUCAUGGACGAGUCUUUCUCUGUGAGCAGGAGGGAAGGCAGCCAGAGGAUUCCACUGGAAGAGUCGCGGCCUGUUUCCUGCUGGGUCGAGGAGAACUAUGAGAUCUGUGUGGCUCCUGUGCUUGUCUGCACAGAGGUGUAUCAGACCGCUGGAGGAGGAGACAACAUUUCCGCAGCUGGCCUUGUUCUACAGAUCUAAUUGAGAGCAUGCAGCACAGUGCUUAAAACAUCCUUUAAGAUAUGAAGUUGCAGUCUUAAAAAAAAAUCUACAUUUAGUUUUGGACUUCUGAAGUUUUUAGGGUUUUGGUUUUCUAAUGCCAUAUAAAACCUUUAGAUUUUUGUUUUAAUCAUGUAUCAUUUUAUUUGCACAUUUCUAGGGCCAGUCAUCUCUAUCAAAAUGCUGGAAAGUUGGUAACUUUAUUGUGUAUUUGCUUACAGCUCAUAAAUGUGGUCAGACUUAAAUAGCUGAACUGUCUAGGAAAUCUAUCAUAAUUUUACUUAUUGCAUGUCAUCCUUUCAGUGAACUUUUUUAUUUGUGACUAACAUGCCAAAUACAGACAUUCAAACUGGUAGCAAAUUGACGAUUUACCCACUAUUUUAUUGUAUCUUCCACCAUUCCACCUCCUGCAAGAACAUGUUCCUAACCUUUACUUGACUAAACACCUGUUUUCCGUUUUUAAUUUAUUUACCUUCUGUCAUAUCAUGUGAACUAUUUCUUUUCCUUUUGAAUAUAACUUGUUUUUAAUUAUGGCAUAAAGAGCAAUGUUUUUUUGAAUAUAAA